AAAAAAACCCUGUUUAGAUUGAUUAUAGCAGGACCUUCCCAGCAGCACGGUUUGACAAAAUGAGAUUUUCAGCCGUUCUUUUUCUCGUUGCCAUCUCCACGGUGUUGGCCGGGAGUACAACCACAAAGACCUUGGUGUUUCCCACUGAGACGAGUACCAGUUUUGUUGAGAUGGUCCCUCUGAAGCCCUUGAGCCUGAGGGCCUUCACCCUGUGCAUGCGUGUGGCCACGGAGCUCAGUGGGGAGCGAGAGAUCAUUCUGUUUGCCUACCGGACUGCAGACUAUGAUGAGCUGAAUGUGUGGCGUGAACUGGACGGCAGAUUGUCCUUCUACCUGGCUGGAGAGGGUGUUCUCUUCUCAGUCCCUGAGCUCGGAUCCCUAGAGACCCACCUUUGUUUCACCUGGGAUUCCACUUCAGGUGCGGCUGCCUUAUUUAUGAAUGGGAGGAAAAGCUUGACCAAAAUUUACAAGAAGGGUCACUCUGUCAGAUCCAACGGCAAGGUUCUGAUUGGACAAGAUCCAGAUAGCUACUUGGGGGAUUUUGACGCCAAACAGAGUUUUGUUGGGGAGAUCUGUGACAUUAAUAUGUGGGACUCUGUCCUCUCAGCCAGCACCAUCCAAGAUAUGUACUCCGGGAAGACAGUGUCAAGAGGAAAUGUUUUUGACUGGGAAACCGCACAGCUCAAUGUUAAUGGAGAGGUAGAGGUUAUUACUCGUGAGCUGUAGAUUUAAUGCUCCCACACGAAUAUGGCGGAUUAAUGUAGGGAAUGUAGCCACAUUACACCUGUAUGACAUUUAUGAAGAAGAUGAUUUCUUGAUCAAAUGUAAGUCAAUGCAAUUAAUGAUAAAUACUAAUUUCUUACUUCAAAUUAUGGCCCUGCUGUAAUUAUUUCCAGUUCAAUAAAAAUGUGUAUUGACAAUGA